UGGGGGAGCUGCUUGUGUGACUGCUGGAAGGAAAUUAAAAGCAACGGUCUCUGUCUGAUCUCUCUUUCGAGGCAAGCGGAGAAGCUUUGGAUCUGCAGGCGGGGGAAAACACUGAGGUGCGAGGAUGAAGAUCGCUGUGAUUGGUCAGAGUCUGUUUGGCCAGGAGGUUUACAAGGAGCUGAGGAAGGACGGCCACACCAUCGUAGGAGUCUUCACCAUCCCCGACAAGGAUGGCAAGGCUGACCCACUGGCAACCGAGGCCGAGAAGGACGGCGUCCCGGUGUUCAAGUUCCCCCGCUGGCGCUUGAAGGGCAAGCCCAUCCCGGAGGUGGUCUCUGAGUACCAAGCCACCGGUGCCGAGCUCAACGUCCUGCCCUUCUGCUCCCAGUUCAUCCCCAUGGACGUCAUCGAUCACCCCAAACACGGCUCCAUCAUCUACCACCCGUCGCUGCUGCCUCGCCACAGGGGAGCCUCCGCCAUCAACUGGACCCUGAUCCACGGCGACAAGAAGGGCGGGUUCACUGUGUUCUGGGCCGAUGACGGACUGGACACCGGGCCGAUCCUCCUGCAGAGAGAGUGUGACGUCGAGCCCAAUGACACCGUCAACACCAUCUACAAGAGGUUUCUCUUCCCAGAGGGGGUCAAAGGCAUGGUGGAUGCAGUGAGGCUGAUCGCAGCGUCGAAGGCCCCGAGGAUUAUACAGCCACAGGAGGGCGCCACAUAUGAGUGCAUCCAGAAGAAAGACAACGCUAAGAUCGACUGGGACCAGUCCGCUGAGGAUAUCCACAACUGGAUCCGAGGAAACGAUAAGAUCCCUGGUGCCUGGGCAGAGGUUGACGGACAGAAAGUCACUUUCUAUGGCUCCAGUCUGGUGGAUAACGGCACAGCGGCUAACGGUCAGCCGCUGGAGAUCCCCGGAGCCAGCCGACCCGGCAUCGUCACCAAGACAGGCCUUGUGCUGUUUGGCAAAGAUGGCAAGGCGCUGAUGGUGAAGAAUCUGCAGUUCGAGGAUGGGAAGAUGAUUGCUGCAGCACAGUACUUCAGUGCAGGAAGCAGCGCUGCUGUGGAGCUCACAGAGGAGGAGAAAACCUUUGCUGAACAGAUGAGGGCAGUCUGGCAGAGUAUUCUGUCAAACGUCAGUACGAUUGAAGACUCCACGGAUUUCUUCAAGUCUGGUGCUGCUUCCAUGGAUGUUGUCAGGCUUGUGGAGGAGGUGAAGCUCCGAGCCAGCACCUGCCAGCUGCAGAACGAGGACGUGUACAUGAACACCACGUUCCAGGAUUUCAUCCAGAUGUGCGUCAGAAAGCUCCGAGGAGAGGACGGUGAAGAGGAACUGGUUGUUGACUAUGUGGAGAAAAGCAUCAACAACAUGACCGUUAAGAUGCCCCAUCAGCUGUUCAUCAAUGGAGAGUUUGUGGAUGCAGAAGGAGGAAAGACCUACAAAACCAUCAACCCCACUGACGGCACGGCCAUCUGCGACGUGUCCCUGGCCCAGAUCAGUGACGUGGACAAGGCUGUGGCUGCUGCUAAGGAAGCUUUUGAAGAAGGAGAGUGGGGGAAGAUGAACCCCAGAGACAGAGGCAGACUCAUCCACAAGCUGGCUGACCUGAUGGAGGAACACCAGGAGGAGCUGGCCACCAUCGAAUCCAUCGACUCCGGAGCUGUUUACACGCUGGCCCUCAAGACUCAUGUGGGCAUGUCCAUCCAGACCUUCCGCUACUUCGCCGGCUGGUGUGACAAGAUCCAAGGCAGCACCAUCCCUAUCAACCAGGCGCGGCCCAAUCGCAACCUCACCUUCACCAAGAAGGAACCAAUAGGCGUUUGUGCCAUUGUGAUUCCCUGGAACUACCCUCUUAUGAUGCUGGCCUGGAAGACCGCCGCCUGCCUGGCCGCUGGAAACACAGUGGUCCUCAAACCUGCUCAGGUGACUCCUCUGACCGCGAUGAAGUUUGCCGAGUUGGCAGCGAGAGCGGGCCUUCCUAAAGGAGUGGUUAAUAUUCUGCCUGGAUCAGGUGCUCUGGUGGGUCAGCGUCUAUCUGACCAUCCCGACGUCCGCAAACUGGGCUUCACUGGUUCCACUGAAAUUGGAAAACACAUCAUGAAGAGCUGUGCCGUCAGUAACGUUAAGAAAGUCUCUCUGGAGCUCGGGGGGAAAUCUCCUCUCAUCAUCUUCAGCGACUGUGACAUGGACAAAGCCGUGCGCAUGGGCAUGAGCUCAGUGUUCUUCAACAAGGGAGAGAACUGCAUCGCAGCUGGCCGACUGUUUGUGGAAGAAAACAUUCAUGACCAGUUUGUCAAAAAAGUGGUCGAGGAGGUGAAGAAGAUGAGGGUCGGGGAUCCUCUGGACCGCUCGACAGACCACGGCCCUCAGAACCACAAAGCCCACCUUGACAAGCUGGUGGAGUACUGUGAGGCCGGCGUGAAGGAGGGGGCCACUCUUGUGUGUGGCGGCAAACAGGUGCAGCGACCAGGUUUUUUCUUUGAGCCCACCGUGUUCGUCGAUGUGGAGGACCACAUGUUCAUCGCCAAAGAGGAGUCAUUCGGCCCCAUCAUGAUCUUGUCCAAGUUCAAGAGCGGUGAGGUGGACGACGUGCUGAGGAGGGCCAACGCCACAGAGUUCGGCCUGGCGUCAGGUGUUUUCACACGGGACAUCAGCAAAGCGCUGUACGUCAGUGAAAAGCUCAACGCCGGCACCGUUUUUGUCAACACCUACAACAAGACGGAUGUGGCCUCGCCUUUUGGAGGCUUCAAACAGUCGGGUUUUGGCAAAGACCUGGGACAAGACGCUCUGAAUGAAUACCUGAAGACAAAGGCAGUGACCAUCGAGUACUAAGUUCAAAUUCCAGGAGACAGAAAAGUGCCAGGUGUAAGCUCCCAGCGGUGAGAGGCGGGGAUGUGUGCGACACAGAGAGAGAUGAGACAUGCAGAGGGAUGCACACACGUCAUGAGGAUGAUGACAUCAUCCCAUCUCUGCUCUCUCAUUAGUGACUACUGACUAUAACACUGUAAAUGCCUUAACAUGAUAAUUUACUUUAACAUGUUCAAUCUUACUAAUCAGUGAAUGUUCAUGUCUCUCAGUCACAGACUUCUAAACUUUUUGAAGUAUGUUUCGAAGUAGCCCAAGUGACUACUGAGACUGUUUUGUAAUCACUGUGAUUGAGUACUUUUAACAGAUUGAAUUCAUUUCUAAUAUGGCUUACAUUAGGUCAGGAAAUCCAACUGAAAUGUAACAUUUCUAAAAAAAAUAAAUAUGUUUUUGGUUAUUAAUGAAAACAGUUGAACACCCCAAA